AUUUUAAGACCCCGGGGCGCCGCUCACGUCUGACUAACUGCGAUAGAAUUUUGUCCAAUGAGUGAACGCGCCGUCUUUCCUGUCAGCUUCUCUGGCUGAGCUGCCAGCUAUUGGAGUAGCUGUCGGAAGUGACUUUAUAAGGACUGCCUCUGAUAAGUAAAAAGGUAGCAUUUCCAUUGGUCCGUUGUAGUCCACCUCUAUACUGCAAGAUUGGCUAAUUUCCCUAUAUUUUCCUCUGGGCUUCUAUGCUUGUACUUGACUCCAAGACGUCCAUUUCUGCAUUUAUCCGUCAGACCGGGAACCAGUUCGCUACUUUCCGUAAACUGGUGAAAGGCUGGGGUACGUUAGUCAUAUCCCAUUGGCCAAGAAACCUAGGUUUACUCCGCCCAUCCCCGGACAACGCUCUUGUGAUUGGUCGAUCGGGUCUCUUCACGUAGGGCGGUGCUUGCAUUUUGUCAUAUUCUCGAACGGCAUUUGGGUUAUCUAUUGAUCGUAAGUUUUAUCUCAUCUUAAUCACUCUUUCUCAGGAUUGAGCGCAAUUUACGCUAACGGCGGUCAACGGGUCGGAGUGACAAAGAGAGCGAGCCGAGAGACAGGGACGGAAAAAUCCUAAUUUGUCGGAGGGGGCAUUAAAACAGAUUUUUUAACCAUAUCGCGGAGCUGGAAGAAUAAGACUUUAUUCCGAAGGUUUUUUUUUUUUUUACUUAAAGUGCUGCCUUUAUAAAGGUUGAGAAAGAACACUUCGGUCAUUUGAAAUAGUUUAAUUUAUAAUCGGGAAAUUGAAAAAAAAAUCAUUUGAAUUGUUGGUCGGAUUGUGCAAAGGGAGCCGCCAUGGCUGCUGCUGCCGGAUCAUUGAGUCUCCACCUCAGAAUAUGAAGUAUUUUUUACAUGUAGGCCUUAGGAUUAUUUUUGCUUUAAAACAGCAGGUUUAGAAGAAAACUCGCCUCAACUUUGGCUUUUCCUGUUCUUUUCUAUUUUGUAUUCUACAUAAUCAUUCGAAGGGAUGGGUCUAAAAAUCCUAAAGUAAUUAAAAAAACAUUUUUGGCUAACAAGGUCGAAUAGUUUCCAUGAGGAAUUUACAUCAGAGAGACAUUGGAGAAUCUAAUUUCGUUUGAAGGAAAAUCCAGUCUGGUUAAAGGGAUGAUUUGAGUCUAAAGACUUGCUGCAGAGAGGAAAAAGAAGAGAGAAAGGAAACGAUUCUAACGGGAAAGGACGAGGGAAGUGCUUUCAUUUUUUAUCUAUCUCAAGACUUUAUAAUUGAUGCCAGACGCUUCUUAAGGAGAAUAAUUAUCCAUAAAAUACAUCAGGGAAGAGAAACCCGAAGGCGACGAAAGCCAGAAAGGGGUUCGAUAAAGGAUUGCGAGAGAGGAGGGAGAGACCAUGUCAGGACGGCCCAGAACCACCUCCUUCGCGGAGAGCUGCAAACCAGUGCAGCAGCCGUCUGCCUUCGGGAGCAUGAAAGUCAGCAGAGACAAGGAUGGAAGCAAGGUGACCACAGUAGUAGCUACCCCUGGACAAGGCCCUGAUAGGCCGCAGGAGGUCAGCUACACUGACACAAAAGUAAUUGGAAAUGGCUCAUUUGGAGUGGUCUAUCAAGCAAAACUUUGUGAUUCUGGAGAAUUAGUGGCAAUCAAGAAAGUCUUACAAGACAAGAGGUUCAAGAAUCGUGAGCUUCAGAUCAUGAGAAAGCUGGAUCAUUGUAAUAUUGUCAGACUUCGUUAUUUUUUUUAUUCCAGUGGAGAGAAGAAGGACGAAGUCUACCUGAAUCUUGUUUUGGACUAUGUACCUGAGACAGUAUACAGAGUUGCCAGACACUAUAGUAGGGCGAAAGCCACUCUUCCCAUGAUAUAUGUGAAGUUGUAUAUGUAUCAGUUGUUCCGAAGUUUAGCGUAUAUCCAUUCCUUUGGAAUCUGUCAUCGAGACAUAAAACCCCAAAACCUACUGCUCGACCCAGAAACUGCUGUUUUGAAGUUGUGUGAUUUUGGAAGUGCAAAGCAGUUGGUCCGUGGAGAACCCAAUGUUUCCUAUAUUUGCUCGCGGUACUACAGAGCACCAGAGUUGAUCUUUGGUGCCACAGAUUAUACCUCCAGCAUAGAUGUGUGGUCAGCUGGUUGUGUGUUAGCUGAACUGUUGCUAGGGCAACCAAUCUUCCCUGGUGAUAGUGGAGUAGAUCAGUUGGUUGAAAUCAUCAAGGUUCUGGGAACACCAACAAGGGAACAAAUUCGAGAGAUGAAUCCUAAUUACACUGAGUUCAAAUUUCCUCAGAUUAAGGCACACCCUUGGACUAAGGUGAGUCAACAGCCUUGUGUUGCUCGAUUCCAGGUCUUCCGGCCUCGGACCCCACCAGAGGCCAUUGCCUUGUGCAGCCAUCUGCUUGAGUACACACCCACAGCUCGCCUGACACCACUUGAGGCUUGUGCACACUCUUUCUUUGAUGAGUUGAGGGACCCUGAAGGCAAGUUGCCGAAUGGACAAGAUAAGCCUGCUCUUUUCAACUUCACUACUCAAGAGCUGUCCAGCAACCCAUCACUAGCUUCCAUUCUCAUCCCAGCCCAUGCCAGGAAUCAGGCUGCUGCUUCAACACCAACAAAUGCAACUGCAGCAUCAGAUGGUAACACAGGUGAUCGGAAUCAGACAACCAAUGCAGCAUCGGCUUCUGCCUCAAACUCGACUUGAAACCAAGAGAGGAGCGCUGUCAGAGCAACAGAUUGAAAUCAGAUUUGACUGUGUUGGUCAAAACGUCAAAACCAAACUAAAAUACCGAGAUGGAGAGAAUCCCUAUUCAUUAAUGAUUUUUUAUUUUUUUUUUCAUUGUUGAUCAAACAGCCUAUAAAUACACAAUUUAUUUUGUGCUCUGUGUUGGGUCAAUGGAGAAAUGUUGAGCAAUACAUAAACAUAUUUUUCUCCCUAGACAAUCUCUAUUGUUGCAUAACAUCACUGUAUUUAAAGCAUUCAUCCCCGACAGACAUGACAUUACAUCCAUUUCUCCUUUCCCCGGGGCUUUUAUUUUUGGUAAUUUUUAUUUAUUUAAUAUUUUUUUAAACCCAGGAUUUGUGGAGUUUCAUUGGUAAAAGGCUGUAGUUCAGACUCCAGCUUGUCUCAAAUGUCUGAAAGAGUGCAUGGCUUGAAUUUGGUUGGGAGCACAAAGUACAAUAGAAGUUUCUAUCAACAUCUCCUCUUCUUUUGUUAACAUUGAUAUAAUGUCUGUGGGUAAGGAUACAAUGUGUACAUAUAUAUGUGUCCUUAUCCUCUGAGUAUGUCUGUGUAUGUUUGUAUACCCACACACAUUUACAUAAGUGUGUGUGUGUGCACUUAAGAGGCCCUGGUUAACACUGGGAGUCAGAUGUGUAGUUUACUUUUUGUUUUCUCAUGUCACUCAUUGAGUCUUUAGGUUCAUGUGAACUGUAUAUUGACGUCUUGCUGUAUAUAUGAAUUACUGUUCAAAAAGAAGGAGCAAAAAGCUCUGUGAUUUUAGAGUUUUAGAGCUACAGACAAAGAUUUCCACUAAACCAGUAGGUCAGGUGCUAUAAACUAUUCGUAGCACAGCAGCAAUAUUUGUUGCUGAAUUCUGUUAGUAUCUUCAGCUAGGAUGAUGUUUACUCGUUACAAAUUUCAAGCAUUUUAAAUUUAUUUUUAUUUACUUGUAUGAGAGUAAGAUUAUAUUUUAACCCCAUACUUUAUCAUCCAACUAUUUUAUUUAUUCAUGCAUGUUUUCUAGAAGACUUUUUUUUGUUUUAUAUUUAUCUGUUAUAAUAAGAAAGUGACAAAGAUUUAUCCCACUGCUUUAAACUUUCUAAAUGAGAAUUCUGGUGUCAAGCAGUUUUCCUUUAAUGAUGAAAUCUUACGUUUCACACCAGGUUUUAAAAGUGUUAAGUACUUGUUUUCUGAAUCCUGUUUUGUGGAGGAUUAGGAAAGCGUGUGCGACUUUUGCUAUAAAGAAAACCUUUGGAUUUAUGUUUGUGGUGUUCUGUUUUGAAGGCUUGUCUGGCACAAGCUUUUAAACUGGGUAGACAUUAAGACAGACAGACAGACAGACAGAACACAUGUGUUUGGGUAACACUGCAGCAAGUGUGUUUGUGCCAUCCUCAUUUUACUCAGUCUUGGUAGCUAUCGGGUCUUUUGGAAGUGUGUGUAUUGAGCCCUCGCUAGCAAAGACUUCUUCAGUAUUGUGUAGAUAAUUAAUUUCAAUUUGAGUUUAAUGAUCUAAGUGAACGUGAACUCAAGUUUGUCCACACACACAAUAGCUCAACUCCUUUUUUUUUUUUUAACGUAGAAAUAAGUUGUGCUUCUUCAUGAGGUGCAGCUUUGCAAUGAGUGGUAAAGUGUCAUAAAAGUAUGUUUUAGCUGCAGAUUGGAGUUUUUAAUGAAAAGUGAAAAAUCAACUAGUGGGCAUCCACGAGGGCCAGUUUUAUUGAACUUGGUUUUAACGGAGCUUGUUCUUUGGCUUUCUCUUUUAUUCAGUGUGUUCUCAUGCUGUCCGAUAUUAAGCAUUGAUUUACUGAAGUACUUCCUCAUACUGAGGCAUACAGUGAACGCUGAAGGAAUCUUAACUUUGAGGCAGAAGCUGUUCAUCUGUCUUAUGCACCAGUGACUGUGGUAGACGUCUUCUGACUAUCACUAGUUAAGGAACCAGGGCUUUAUUCAAAGCCCCUUUUUAAUAUGGCAAACAUCCUGAGUCAGUUGUGUACAAUCCUAGAAACGUCAUAUAUAUGCGAUGUGGGGGGUAGGGGGGGUUUGGGGGCUUAGGGUUGCAAGAAAUAAAUUAUAAAGAUGUAUAUAUAGCUGCUCCUCACCAAAUUCGAGCUUGUACUUUUUAUUGUGUAUGGUAUGUAAAUAUGUGGACCCAAGAACUGUUAUGAGCAAAAACAACAAAAAUAAAGAAAUUCAGGGCAAAUAAUUCUGUUAUUCAAAAUGUAGAUGAGCUUUUUAAGCCAUAUAGUUUGAAGUUCCUGUACAGUAGGUACUGGCGAUAAUUAUUGUAAUAAAAACUCUAGCGAUGUAUAGUGUAACUAUAGUUUGGAGUGCCUUUGCUUCCAAUGUUUGACAUUUGGUUUUCUUUUCCUUUUAUCUCUUUGAAUGCUGCUGAAAAACCACUUUUGCUGUAUUUACUUGAAAAGCCAAGACUGAAGUUUAUUUAAUGUAGUUGCAGUUCUUGGUAAAACAGUAUUUUAGUAUAUUUCUUUUUUUUUUUUUUUUUUUUUUUAUUAUUAUUUUAAUUCAGUGAACUGUUAUCUGGAAUUAACUUCCGGAGUAUAUUAAUCCAGGCUGUUUAUUUUUGAUGCAUUUCGAUUUCAUUUUUCAUACUCUGUUUGCAUUGCUCUAUUAAACACCUCUCUCUCUCUCUCUCUCUCUCUCUAUGCUAAUCUACAAAGGUUACCGAUUUAGGAGAAAAAAAGCAUUCAGUGAAGGCGAGGCGGUACAUUCCGCCUUAGGCCCCAUUUGUAGUGACUUUUCAAGAGGUAAUGCUUACAGUUUCUUUUGUAUAUUAUUAUUAUUUUUUGUUUGUUUUAUAAUUUGAGAAGCAAUAUGUUCCCACUCUUCUCUAACCUUAGUCCCUGCACAUCGUGUUCAUGUUUAAUGUUCAGUUAUUCAGGAAAAUCCAGUGAAUGCUGGACUGGUGAGCUAGCGAGUGACUGAGCGGCAGCGAGUGAGUUGUAUCACUAGCAUUUGUUCUCCUGCUUAGAUUUCCCAAAUGGCUAUGUCACAUUUCCACAAUAUGGCAAUAAUUACUCUUCAAUUUCAUUUACUUUGUGCUUCUUUGUAGCUUUCCUUCAUUCAGCAGCACUCAAAGGGCUAACUAAAGUAGCCUCCUCUUGUGAAUCUGAGAAUAUAAAUGCUUGCUUUGUAAUAUUCGCAUUCAUAGAUGUGUUGCUAUUGAAUCACCUGGCCUGUAAAACAAAAUUGUGACCACUUCCAUGUCUGAAAUUAAAUAUCACAAAAAAGAAAAAGACUGUGGGUUAUAUACAAACUAUCGCAUACACUUGUGAAAAAUCUGUCUUGAUUUUAAAGAAGAAUCAAAACCUGUAUAACAUUAUUACUACUUGAAUGCCUCUGUUUGUGACUGAAAUUUUUUUUUCUUUUUAAAUAUAAACUUUUUUGUUCUGUGAAAGUAUGCUUAAUGUUUUCCUCUCCUUGUAAAUAAAUCCAUUUUGUUCUCUAGUGUGACUUGGUUCAGAAAUAGUUAACUGGUACUGUAAUUUGCAUUAAAUAAAAAGUAGGCUAGCCUGGAAAUGGAAAAUGCAA